AUGAGCUCCAGCAAUAACACAGCAGGUGCCUCUUCCGGAAAUCCAACCAACACUUCCCCAAAUUCAAACAAGGCUGCUCCGGCCAAGACUGCGGGCAAGGCUACUGGUGGAAGUCCUACUGUUCGAAGGCAAGCCUCUCUAAUUCAAAAGGAAUUGGCUGAAAUCAGUUUGGACCCUCCUUCCAACUGUUCUGCAGGCCCCAAAGGUGACAACCUCUACGAAUGGGUUUCCACCAUCCAAGGACCCGCUGAUUCACCCUACGCUGGUGGUCUCUUCUUCCUUGAUAUUCACUUCCCAACCGACUACCCAUUCAAGCCACCCAAAGUGUCAUUCAGAACAAGGAUUUAUCAUUGCAACAUCAAUUCAAAUGGUGCUAUCUGCUUGGAUAUCUUGAAAGAUCAAUGGUCCCCUGCUCUUACAACCAGUAAAGUUCUGCUAUCCAUCUGCUCUCUCCUCACUGAUGCAAAUCCUCAUGACCCAUUGGUUGGAAGUAUCGCUCAACAGUACUUGAAUGAGCGAGAAGAACAUGAUAAAAUUGCAAAGGAGUGGACAAAGAGGUAUGCAUCAUGA